AUGUCGAGGCAUCGGUCUACGAAUAAUGGAACAAAUCGGCAUACAGAGACUCCCUCAUGGUUGAACGAAGCCUGCACUCAUGUACUCACUGCAGCGCAAAGAACAAUAUACCACCUAUGCGAAGCAUCCUAUGUCAACGAUCAUGUCAGGCAAAUGCGUUAUCACGGAUAUUUUAUGGGAAGCGCUUGCUUCACAUUGAUAUACAAUUUUGUUCACGACCCAAAUUCCGCCUCGGUCUAUUUGCCGUGGGUCUAUGCUGCAUUGCAGAAUUUGUCGACAAUUAGAGCCGGUGAUCCCAUAGCCAGCACCAUUUCGUCUAUACAAACUGUAUUGCGAAAGAUCAACCCUUCAUACGAGUGGACACCCUACCCGAAGCAGAGCAGCAGACAUGAGGUCGAUUUGUUGGUAUCUUCCACGAGAGCUCAAGAGCCCAUCACUGGAUAUGGCCAGCAUUCGACAACGACUGACCUCGCAAGCCCAUCUCAUCUAUCAGGGUCACAUCCGGAUAUAUCGGCAUUUCAACCAAGCCUUCCCCAGGUAGAGAUACCAGACACGUUCGGUUCUAGCGGAUCUGGUGAGGAAUCGCGUGAUUUCACACAAUCCGACAUGGGUUGGGACUUUGACUUUUCCACCAUGGAUCUGGAAGCAUUCUUGAUCUAUCAGUCGAUGGCUGCUCCCAUCCCCUGA